AUGGCUAAGUGGGGGGAAGGAGACCCUCGGUGGAUUGUGGAGCAGAGAGCCGACGCUACCAACGUCAACAACUGGCACUGGACGGAGCGUGAUGUCAGCAGCUGGUCGUCCGAGCGGCUCCGGCAGCUGCUGCUGGAGGUUCGGGUCGAGGGGUCGGAGGGCGUGUGUCAGCUGACCGACGUCUCCAAACUGGAGGGAGAAGCUUCCAUCAACAACCGCAAAGGAAAACUCUUCUUCUUCUAUGAGUGGCAGCUGAGAGCCGGCUGGCUGGGAACGUCGAGCAGAGGCGUGAAGUUCAGAGGAAACAUCGACGUAUCCAACCUGUCCGACGAGAACGACCUGGAAGAUCUCGACAUCUCGGCGUCUCUGUGUAAGGACCAGCCCGACACGCCGCUGCUGGAGCUGAUGAGGAGGCGCGGCGUGGAGGAGGUGCGGAGGGUUCUGGGAGAUUACGUAACCCAGCUCAAGUCAGAGUUCAGCCAAGGGAUGGUCCUGCCCACCAGCACUGGACCAGCACCUGCACCAGCACCAGCACCAGCACCAAACCAGAUCAAGACCAGUAAGACCCAGAUCGGUUCCCCCAGGUUCUCCUCUGGUCCUGCAGGCGCUCAGAUCCCGACCGUCAGCUUCACUCUGAGAGAAACGUUCCAGACUUCAGCUGACGAGCUCUACAGCACCUUCAUCAACCAGGAGCUGGUCCAGGUGUUCACGCGCUCGGCGGCGGCGGUGGACGGUCGGGUGGGGGGGAAGUUCCGGCUGCUGGACGGCAGCGUGAGCGGAGAGUUCACUCAGCUGGUGAGUCAAAGUGUUGAGAUGAGACGUUGCCAUGGUAACCAGGUUGUCAGUGUUGAGAUGAGACGUUGCCAUGGUAACCAGGUUGUCAGUGUUGAGAUGAGACGUUGCCAUGGUAACCAGGUUGUCAGUGUUGAGAUGAGACGUUGCCAUGGUAACCAGGACCCCACUCCCACCGGCAGGUUAGGGUUCUGGUUCCCCGUAGACCACGUGGCCUUGGUCCGGCUGCAGCUGGAGGAGCAGGGAGACCAGACGGAGCUGACGAUGGACUGUGGAGGCGUUCCCUCGGCCGAGGAGGACUCCACCCGGGAGGGCUGGACCCGGUUCUACUUCCAGGCCAUCAGACAGACGUUUGGAUACUGA